CGGAAAUGGAAACGAAACGGAAACUCUGGCCAACGUUGUUUAAUGGCUACCAGAGUUGUGCGAGCUGAGGUGACGUGUCUUCAAUUUUUUACAACAAUUAUUGGAAUCUAAAAAAUGAAUGCGUUUAAACGUGACAAAAAGGAGGAAGAAGAUGGUUAUUUUUUCGGGAUUUAAUGUGAAACCUGAUUGAGUCCAAUUGCACCAGAAGAUAUUGAUGAUUGGAGAUGGUCCAUUUUGCCUUGCUUCCCUCUACUUUAUUGUUGACGCAUUAGUUUCCUAAUUACUGAUACUAUGUAUUAAGAUUUUUAAUUAUUUGUUCACAAGUAUUUAAAUUAAGACAACAAAGUAAAAUUUUCCCAUAGAUUUCUAACAGACAUUGCUGCUACAAAUUUGAUUCGUCAAUGCAGUUUCACCAAAUCAAUUUUUCCUCUUAAUCGACAUUCAAUAAUAAAACAAAAUAAAAAACCCGAGUCGUUCGUGAAUGAAGAGUUUCACGUGAAUUGAAUCCUUUUUAAAUUCAAUUAUCCCCAGUUUUGGUCUUUUGACUCCAAACAAUUGAUUCCACCAACUGAAUUUGUUCAUUAAAAACUUCGCCACAAAACUCCAUCAACUGCCCACUCCCCGAACCCUCCCCCAAAAGUCUCUCAGGAUGUCGCGCAAGUCCCUAACGAAAGAAAAACCUCCAGGCGGUGGGAAUCCCUUCCAGAACCUGGAGAAGACAACAGUCCUCCAGGAAGCGCGAACAUUCAACGACACGCCCGUGCACCCACGCAAAUGUUCGCACAUCUUGACGAAGAUCCUCUACUUGAUAAACCAAGGAGAGGUUCUGGGUGUGACUGAAGCCACGGAGACAUUCUUCGCGAUGACGAAGUUGUUUCAGUCUCGCGAUGUAGUGCUGCGUCGUCUCGUCUACCUCGCGAUAAAGGAGCUCAGUACAAUAGCCGAGGACGUAAUCAUCGUCACGUCAAGCCUGACCAAAGAUAUGACCGGCAAGGAGGACCUGUACCGAGCAGCUGCAAUUCGCGCACUCUGCACGAUAACAGAUGCAGCAAUGCUGGCGGCUAUCGAGCGCUACAUGAAGCAGGCGAUUGUCGACAAAUCGCCAGCGGUCUCAAGUGCAGCCCUGGUGUCAUCGCUGCACCUGUCCAGUGUCUCAGCGGACGUGGCUCGUCGCUGGGCAAACGAAGCCCAGGAAGCCCUCAACUCCGACAACGUGAUGGUGCAGUAUCAUGCACUGGGGGUGCUGUACCAGGCGAGGAAGCAGGACAAGCACGCCGUUAUCAAAUUGGUGGCGAAACUCAUGAGAACGAGCCCCAAGAGCCCGUACGCAGCGUGCAUGCUCAUCAGAAUGGCCUGCAAGCUCCUGGAGAACUCCAGCGAAGGGGGAGAUCUUCUGGAGUUCAUCGAGUCGUGUUUGAGACACAAGUCGGAGAUGGUGGUGUACGAGGCUGCUCAUGCUCUGGUGAACUUGAACAGGAGUGGCAUCAGGGAGAUCGCCCCUGCUAUCAGCGUUCUUCAGCUCUUCUGUGGGUCACCCAAACCGGCUCUGAGAUUUGCUGCUGUCAGGACUCUCAAUAAAGUUGCUAUGACUCAUCCUGCUGCUGUCACUGCUUGUAAUCUUGAUUUGGAGAAUUUGAUUACUGAUCCUAACAGGUCCAUCGCAACCCUAGCAAUCACCACUCUCUUGAAGACCGGAGCUGAAAGUUCAGUGGACAGACUGAUGAAGCAGAUCGCGACAUUUGUGUCCGAAAUAUCUGAUGAGUUCAAGGUGGUUGUGGUCCAAGCGAUUCGGGCACUGUGCCAGAAAUUCCCCAGGAAACACGCCGUCCUCAUGAACUUCCUAUCAGCAAUGCUGAGAGACGAGGGAGGACUGGAGUACAAAGCAGCCAUUGCUGAUACGAUUAUUGCGGUGAUGGAGGGCAAUGCUGAGGCUAAGGAGGCCGGUCUUGCUCAUCUUUGCGAGUUCAUUGAGGACUGCGAGCACACUUCCCUCGCUGUCAGGAUACUUCAUCUACUGGGGCAGGAGGGACCCACAUCCAAACAGCCCUCCAGAUACAUCAGGUUUAUUUAUAACAGGGUUAUUCUGGAGAGUGCCUCUGUUAGAGCUGCUGCUGUCACUGCUCUUGCCAGAUUCGCCGCUGCUUGUCCUGAUCUUCUUCCUAAUGUACUUGUGCUCUUGUCGAGAUGUCAAUUGGAUUCCGACGACGAAGUACGUGAUCGUGCUGCCUAUUAUUGCACAAUUCUCCAGCAACGACAGGACCCGAGUGUCCUUCCCCUGAUUCAGCCACCCCAGCUGUCAAUUCCAACUUUGGAGAGAGCCCUGAGGAACUACGUGAAGACAGGAAUGGAGGAGCCUUUCGAUAUAUCCCAGAUACCUCCAGCAGCUCUCGACAAGGAGCCAGUGCCCCAGGAGAUUCAAUUAUCAACGAAGCCCGCUCAGCCGAGGCUCACCAGGGAGGAGAGCUACGCUGAGAAGCUCUCCCAGGUUCCCGAGCUUGCUCCUCUUCUCCUGGAGUCACCGUUGUUCAAAUCAUCACCAGUUAUCGAGCUCACAGAGUCUGAAACUGAGUACAAUGUCAAAUGUGUCAAGCACUCCCUCGGGGAUUAUCUCAUUCUGCAGUUUGAUUGUGUUAAUACACUGUCUGAUCAACUGCUGGAAAACGUCUUUGUAUCUGUCGAGGUGCCUGAAAAUUACGGUGUCCUUCAGGAACUGGUCUGUCCUAAACUGGCGUAUAAUAAGCCUGGAGUCACUUACACUAUUUUGGCGUAUCCUGACGAGCCUGAGUCCUCCAUUGCUACAUUGCAAACAACAUUGAAGUUCGUCGCCAAGGAUUGCGAUCCCACCACUGGACUGCCUGAAGCUGAACAGGGGUAUCAGGAUGAAUACAUGCUCGAAGACCUCGAGAUAACGCUGUCAGAUCAAAUGCGUGGCUCAGGGAUUAGAGGUAUGGACAUGGGAGCAGCCUGGGAAGCAGCAGCAACACGUGGUUUCACCUGCAUGGAGGAAACAUUUGCCCUUGGAGCCAAUGUAACAACUCUUGAGGCUGCUGUACAGAGUUUACUUGGAUUUUUGGCACUCGAGCCUCAGGAUAGGAGUGACAGGGUAGCCGCUGGAGCCACUUCUCACGUUCUCAUGCUCCACGGCUUCUUCAGGGGUGGCAAGGAGAUCUUCGCCAGGGCGAGACUGGCCCUUGCUAAUUCCGAAGUUACCAUGCAGCUUUCCAUUCGAUCCGAGGAUCCCGACGUUGCAUCUGUUGUUCUUGCUUCUGUGGGAUAAUCCUCCUGAGAUUUUAUUUACGAAGAUUUAUUAUCAUUGGUAACAGAUGAUUUUUACGCCUGGAGACAUUAAAGAAAAUAAUUCAAUACCUGGACAACUUGACAAUAUAAAUUCUUAACCAAAAAAGAAUGCAAUUGUACGUAGUCUGGGGCUAAGCUUUAUGUUAAUUAAUGAUUGAUCAUUUUUAAGCAUUCAAAGGUAUGUAAUGGGGGCGUAGAGAUAAAAAAUAAAUUUUCCGCGGAUUUGUAACUACGAAAAUUUAGAAAUUUAUUUACACGAAUUUAUUUAGUUCAAUGGGAUGUAUCAAUAGCAGUGCAUCAAGUGAAUAAAUAACAACUGUUAUUUGUUAAAUGGAAAAAUAUUUGUUGGAAGCUUUGUACAUUUUCGCACUUUUUAUUUGAGUAGAUUUAAGAAAUUUCUUUCUCCACAUGCAUUUCGGUUAAAUGAUAAAGACUAGGAUAUUUUUGAUUCAUUUUAGAAUAAUCAUUAUUUUUUCCAGUAUUUUUAGUAUUAAUAUUUUUCAAAAAUUAAUUAUUUGUUUAUCGGGAGGUCUUCAUUAUGAUAAAAGAAUAAAAUAUAAUGACGUACCCUGGAA